ACCGGACUCCAGGGUUUGGGAGUCAGAGUCCCUCAGGUAGGAGGGUCCUGCCACUGCCGCCGUCUGGACUGUACGUCUUGGAAGCAAAGGCAAGGGCUGCAGUCGAUUCUGGGAACAGUAGUCCAAGCGUGGAUGGCUUGGACUCAGGCUGAAGCCGCAGUGGACCCUGGGAAGUGUAGUUGUUUGAGGCCCCGUUCACCUUGUGGGCGCGGGGCGUACUGGGAGUUGUCGUGUGGGGGGCUCUCUGCCCGCGAGGCGCGGAGGCCGCGGUGGGUGCUGGGAAGCAGAGCUGUUUGAGGCCUCGGCCUGGUCGCGGUCGGUGGCUGAGGCUCCGGAAGGGGCAGUUUGCGGGACUCUGGCUCGGGGCCCCCGUUGCAGAGACAAGAACUGUCCUGUACUGACCGAGGUAGAAGAAGGGCCCGCCCUGCCCGAGCCGGCACCCGCCGGGGCUGAGGUGACCAAGGGCAGUGGCCUUAUCCCGAGCUCUGGAAGUCGUGGCUGCCCAGCCGGCAGCGCGGAGGAGAUGCCCCAGCUGCGGCCCCGUUAAAGGCUGCGGCGCUGCAGCCUCGGGUCCGGCCCAGGCUGGGUGCCCCUGCCGCGGCGGGGAGGGAGCUGUCGUGGACGCCCCUGAUCCUGCGUGACGAGGGCGGUGGUUGCGGAGCGACUGGCCCCCAGCCCGGCCCGGUUCGCCCGCACGGCGCCGCGGGCAGUGCCUCAGCUUCUUUCUCUCCCCGCCAGCUCCGCCCUCCACGCUGCGUUCUCAGCCGGCCCUACCCUGAGCCAUGUCGCAGGGGUCAGUGACAUUCAGAGAUGUGUCCAUAGACUUCUCCCGGGAGGAGUGGGAAUGGCUCCAGCCUGCUCAGAGAGAUUUGUACAGACAUGUAAUGUUGGAGAACUAUGGCCACCUGGUGUCACUGGCAGGUCUUAACAUGUCUAAGCCAGAUGUGGUUUCCUUAUUGGAGCAAGGGAAAGAGCCCUGGCUGGGGAAUGGAGAUGUAAGCAGAGAGCUGUUUCCAGCUUCAAAGUCAAAUGGUGAGAUCAAAGAGUUUUCUCCAAAAAAUGUCAUAUUUGAAGAUGAUUCAUCCCAGUAUUUGAUAAUGGAAAGAUUUCUAAGCCAAGGCUCUGAGUAUUCCAGUUUUAAAGAAGGCUGGAAAUGUGAGGGUGAUACUGAGAUGCUGCAGGGAAAUCAGGGAUGCAUCAGGCAAAUGACAGCUUCACAUCAAGAAGCCCUAUCUCAGCAUGUGAAUGUCAGUACUGUGGAGAGACCCUAUGGAUGCCAUGAAUGUGGAAAAACUUUCAGUCGGCGCUUUUCCCUUGUGUUACAUCAGAGAACUCAUACUGGAGAGAAACCAUAUGUAUGUAAGGAAUGUGGGAAAACCUUUAGCCAGAUUUCAAACCUCGUAAAACAUCAGAUGAUACAUACAGGAAAGAAACCCCAUGAGUGUAAAGACUGUAAUAAAACAUUCAGUUACCUUUCUUUCCUCAUUGAACACCAGAGAACACAUACUGGGGAGAAACCCUAUGAGUGUACUGAAUGUGGAAAGGCCUUUAGUCGUGCCUCAAACCUCACUCGACAUCAGAGAAUUCACAUAGGAAAGAAACAGUAUGUAUGCAGGAAAUGUGGGAAGGCCUUUAGCAGUGGCUCUGAACUCAUUCGUCACCAGAUUACACACACUGGAGAGAAACCUUAUGAAUGCAUUGAGUGUGGAAAGGCAUUUCGCCGUUCUUCACAUCUUACCCGACAUCAGAGUGUCCAUACCUCCAAAACCCCCUAUGAAUGUAAUGAAUGCAGUAAAGCUUUCCGUUGCCACUCCUUCCUUAUCAAACAUCAGAGAAUUCAUGCUGGAGAAAAGCUCUAUGAAUGUGAUGAAUGUGGUAAAGUUUUCACAUGGCAUGCAUCCCUUGCACAACAUAUGAAAAUUCAUACUGGAGAAAAACCCUACGCAUGUACUGAAUGUGACAAAACCUUUAGUAGGAGCUUUUCCCUCAUUCUACAUCAGAUAACUCAUACUGGGGAGAAGCCCUAUGUAUGUAAGGUAUGCAAUAAAUCCUUCAGCUGGAGCUCAAACCUUGCUAAACAUGAGAGAACACACACUCUAGAGAACCCCUAUGAAUAUGAAAAUUCAUUUAAUUACCACUCAUUCCUUACUGAACACCAGGGAAUUCACACAAUAGACAAAACCUAAGAAUGUAUAGGUUAAAAAAAAAAAAGUAGUUAAUGCCUUACUUUGACUUCAGUGAACUCUUGAAAAGAAGCCUUAUGUGAAUAUGUUGUGAUUAAAAUGUGGUCUAUGCUGUAGUCAGUAUUCUGGAGAAAACCCCCAGGAAUAUUUGGGAAAGCCAUUAAUAGCUGCUCAUUCUCUUUUGUAACAAUAGAAGAUGAAAUCAAUCAGUAUUGAGAAGAUUCUUCAUCUGGUGGUGGUGGUGGUGGUGGUGGUUUAGUCACUAAGUCGUGUCCAACUCGACCCCAUGGACUGUAGCCUGCCAGGCUCCUCUGUCCGUGAGAUUUCCCAGGCAAGACCACUGGAAUGCUUUGCCAUUUCCUUCUCCAGGGGAUCUUCCUGACCCAGGGAUCAACCCUGCAUCUCCUGCAUUGCAGGCAGAUUCUUUACUGCUGAGUCACCAGGGAAGCCUGUACUUUUUCCUGGAGAUCAGAAAAUUCAUAAUGAAGAAAAGUCAAACAAACACAAUGAGAAAUUUUAAAAUACUCUUCCUAAGGGGGAAAAGCAACCCUAUAAAUGAACUUAACACAGGGUGACUUUCUUCAGUAUUUCAAACCUACUGAAUUAUACUGGGGAAAAACCACCAUUGUAAUGAGUGUGGCAAAAUCUUAGAGUUCUAAGAAGUUAUACUGGACAAAAUUGAUGUGGGAGUUUUCUGGGGUUUUUUUUUGUUUUGUUUUGUUUUUAAUGGGAAUGUUUGUUUUGGCUUUUUUAAAAAGCAAAUUCAUAAAAGCUAUGAAUAAAUCUUUUGAUUUAUAGUAAAUUAAA